UGGUAUUCUUAAUCGUACCAAGCUCACUGGACAGCACAAUCAAUUCUAUUCCAUAUUACGGAACUGUUGCCAAGUGACGAGCAAUCAAAACAACUCAAAGAAUUUACGACGAAAUUGCGAAGAAUAGACGCUGAUGAAGAAAAGUUGGCAUCAGUUUGGUUGCAACUGGCAACUCAUGUCAAUCCUUUACCCGUGGACACUUGGAUGGAUAUUUUAACAUUUACAUUGAGAUCCUUAAAGAGCUCAGAGUCAUCGCUACGCGUAAAGAAAUACGUUCUUCAUUUUUUGAGCAGAAAUUUAAAUAGCCGAAUCAUUCUAAACGAGCAGCUAUGGGUGAAAAUUAUCAACAUAAUGUCGGUUUUGGUAGACCAUUUUGAUCUUUCUGAUAAUGCAAGUGAUUUGAAUAUAGCAGUGCAAACGUUUCAAUCGAUUUUCGUGGAAGUGUUAACUUUAGAAGGAUGUGAUGAUAUGUUGCUGCUCAUUUAUAAAGUCAUGAAAAGUAAUCCAAAAUUUUUUGUUACUGAAGUGCGUAUUCAAUUCGUGGAAAUUCUCAUUGUUCACCUUCGCCUUUAUUCAAGAAUUGGCUGUGAAAAACGAUUCCUUAUAUCCACUGACAUUUUUGUUGACCUUCUGGAAAGCCAACCGUAUUUAUUUUCUUUAGAAAAAUUAAAGGAUGUCAUUUGCCUCAUCGAAGAGUCAUGCACUCAUGAAGCUACCGUGUUAGCCGUACUAUUCAUCACUAAAAUUAUCAGGACUGAUACUUGGGGGUUCAUUGCCCUACGAUUAUACAAUGCAUCUUUGAAGCAAAAAUCAGUCGGUACAGUGAAGGCUCCUAUGAUUGAACUGUACUGCAGUAUUAUUGACGAUAAUCUUUUUAGUCUGAAGGCAAGUUCAAUGAUCUGUGAUACAUUACUAUGUUUAAUGGAGCGAUUAGAUCUCGGAAAUAGGACUAUUGACCAGUCUGCUGUUAGAGUUAUAUUAAAGCUUAUGAGUUCGGGAGAAAGAGAUUUUUCCGACUGUUAUCAAAUUCUUGCCAUUUGCUUAAGAAGAGAGAGCACAAGCGCGAACAAGGUAAUUUCUGAGUUUAUGCCAAAUGUCGAAUUGUUUUUCGCAAAACAAAUUAAUCUUAUGCGCAACAGUAGCUCUGAACUGAACAUUUUGAACUUAACUGAGACUGUGGAUAAAGGUUUAUAUGUAGUUUCACUUCAAUUCCUGGUUCAAAGCUUUGAUUUUUUGUUUCUUUGCAACAGAAUUGUUGAUUGCAAAUGGUUGAAUCGACUUGCCAUUUACAUUGAAAGGUUUCAAGAGCCUGUGAUUAAAACGGAGCUUGACCGUUUAAACAAACUAUUUGGACAUAUGUCCCAACUGAUCAAUUCUAAAACUGCUAGAUUGAACCGGGACGACUUAGGAAGAGUUUUCUCACAACUAGUUUCGAAAGUUCAAUGGGAAAGAUUACUAGAUGAACACGCAACGUUAGUUUUGACACUCUAUUUUGAUGUUUGCGAAAGCUUCUCACAUGAGUCCAAGGAAAUUUUGAUGUCCUUCGAAAAAAACCUUAGUGAUAGUGACUUCCGUGGCUCUUCCUUUGAGAAAAAGUUCUUUAUGACUACUUACCUUCAACGAACGCUUGCCUUAAGCGAAGUCAUUGUCGCAGAUUGUUUGCAGGGUCACGAUAAAUUCUGUCAAAUGAUGUUACUUUUUGACGCUUUGAUUAGAUUUGGAAAUGCGCUGAUCGAUUUCGGGGAGCUAAAUUUCUGGUCUCCGGAGCUUUACGUGAAUUUGACCCAGUUUUCGACACAAAAGAAAGUUUUGCAAUUACACCUGCUAGUUUCCGAAUUAUCGAAUUGUGUAUUAACUUUCAAAAUUGAAAGUCUCUUAACUGUUGGGCUGAAAAUUCUUUUUUGUUGCUUUCGAGACCAGAAAGAUUGGAAGAUCUUCGAAAGUGUGGUUAAGAGUGUACCGCCGUUCUUACAACAUCAAGAAAUCGUCGAGCAGGUCUUUCAGCAAAAAGUAGUUGGAUCAUCUCUUAUUGAAAGCGGUGAAGAUACAAUUUCUCUUGGAAGAACAUACUUAGAGCAACUGGUCAUUAGUCUCUGUAGUCUGGCUGAACUAACGACAACAGGUUUCAAAUUGAGGUUUUUCCCGAAUGCUGAAAACUACUCUAUGUAUGUAGACUCAUUUGGGUCGUACAGGAGUUCUGUGUUCCAGUGUCUGAUAUGCCUUGUUACUUUUCCACUGGGUGUAAAAUCAAGAAGAAUCAUUGACUGUUUUGCCAAUGCGAUUCAAGAUUCCAAAUACGGAGUGAGUUGUCUGUGCGCUCUUUCGGCCUGUUUCCUUGAAUGUCCUCAGCUAUGUAUAAGAUCUGUUCCCAUCAUUCUGUCCAAUAUUUUUAAGGUCAAGAGUUCGAGGACAAUGUCGGUUCCAGCAUUGGAUUUGAUUUUUAUGCUGUCUCAGGUACCCACUUUGCAGCACAAUUUGAACACCGAAGACCACAAACAAAUUCUUAGUGUAAUUUUGCAGUUCGUUGAUUAUGAAACGUACUCAAAGUAUUGUGUAGAAGUUGCUCUGAACCUAAUUUGCGUUUGGUUCCUGAAGUGUCGUGUCGCGUAUAGAGUUCAGCUUAAAAAACUGAUUUUAAGAGAACUACAAAAUCGUAUUGCCGGAAUUCAGCAACGGCUUAAUCACGCAAAUCAUUCCAAAACGGCUGCCAAAACUACUGGGAAUGAAAAUAGUAGACAUAACCACGCAAAUCAAGAAACCAGCCGAGAUAGUUUCGAAGCUACAGAGAAGAUUACAACUAAAUCCGACACAAAUUCGAGUUUAAGUGAAAUUCUGAAUUGGCAAUUAGAUGCCCUUGAGGUUUGCAUGGAUGUAAUAAUUAAACACGUUUUUUGCGAAACUCUUUCGGAGCCUAAGCGGUGUGAGAUUAGUAAGUUCUUGCUUGAGAACGGACAGUCAAAAACCUGGAUUGUAAACAACAGAGUGGUUACUAUAACAACAAGUGGAAACAUCAGUAAAUUACAAGAGAAUGGCCUUUGUUCUGAAUGCAACGAGAGAUCAAGCGAGAGUUUGAAGGAAGAGCCGAAGCCAAAGACAGAUCGACAGAGACAUAAAUCGACUCCUCAGACGCCUCAUGGAAAGAAACCAACAGAAAAAAGCACCUGCAUAGAAAGCAAGCGACAAAGAUUACCUUCAUUUUUGAAUGCGAUAGAGGAAGUCAAACACUGUUCUUGCUGGAUCUCACGAUGGGCAGAAGUGUACGUCAGGACCCCCACUGGGAACCUUUCCUACCUCUUUCGCACCCAGAGCCAGGGUGGCAUGGUUCCAUUAGUCUCUAGUGAUUUUGGACUGGAAAACCUAACCUCACUUUUGUCGUCUGUUUCCACGAAUGGCUCGGACGGAAAAGACAUUAGAGUAAUGUCAAGCUGUGAUGGAAGUACGGAGUUGGGAGAAUUGACUGAUAGCGCUGAGUUGGAGAGUAUAUCUGACGGAAGUACAUUUGUCAUACCGAGCUUCAUCGCCCGCCAGUCGAUAUUAGGAGCUGCAUGGUGGAAGCGAAGAGUUUCGUUUGAUUUUUCCAAUUUGCUCAGGUCUCGUUCUCUUGACGAUUUAACCGCUGAUGAUAUGAACAACGGAAAUAAAGCUUUGACAUCGUUGCAACAAAGUCAGACCCAGAGCCGACGCGAAUCCAAAGAAACACUAGUAAAGAAACGACAUGCAUCAUCUGCAGUAACAACGGGACCACUUGUAAUUCGACCUAGGCAAAGAACUUUGACAAAGGGACCAAAUACCGAGACAAAAUCCUCCAAUUUUGAUUUCAGUAAUCCAGCAACUGUGUUUUACCAACUUUUCGGGACGCUAGUUCAGCAACCUAGCGAACGAAGUAAGAUUAGGGAUGGUUUUGAAAAGAAAGAAUUCAACCCAAUUUUUUGUCUUCCCGAAAACGAAGAUGCCAAAGAGGAGAUUAAUUACCUUGACAAUUGGCUGCCUUUUAACACGCACAAAGUUGGCGUUUUGUAUGUUGAUGAAGACCAAGAGCAAGAUGAACGUGCGGUUUUGUCAAAUAUUUGUGGAAGCGACCGAUACACCGAUUUCAUCAGGGGUCUGGGAUCGGUUUUAUUUCUCUCCGAAUGCAACAAGGAGCAGAAAAUAUACAAUGCAGCCCUGGACAAAUCGAUACAGGAAAGAGACGGAAAGUUAGCCAUUUGCUGGAUCGAAGAACUCUUCCAGAUUAUGUUCCACGUUUCAACUUUGAUGCCGACUCCGGACCCUCAAGAUGACGCGGACUGUAACAGGAAAAAAGCUCUCAUAGGAAAUGAUGCCGUUCUCAUCAUUUACAACGACAGUAAAACACCUCGACUGACGCAGCCAAUUAUCAAAACAGAGUUGAAUUUUGUGAGUAUAGUAGUCACGCCUACAGACUCGAAGCGCAAUUGCGUUAAACUGAUUUGCAAGUCGGAAUUAGAACCUUGGGUUCUGCAUUCAUCCCGUGAGGAAAAGAUUGUCUCCGACUGCAACCUGGCCAUGUAUGUCCGUCAAAUGGCCUUACAUGCUAGUAUGGCAUGUCAUGGUUACUUGUUCAAACAGAAAAAUUUGGACUACACGUCUAAUUGGCAGAAAAGGCUGGACAUCAUUCGCAAAAUGAAAAGUAACUUCGCUGUUCCAGAUGAUGUUCUCCAAUAGUGGUGCUUUAGCUUAAUUUUGAAGUCAUUUCACGUGAAUCAAUUUUCAUAGAUUAUCUUUGAGAUUUUUAUAGUCUCCUUUCUAGUUUUAGACUUAUAUUUCGGGUUAAUUAUUGCAAUUUAAUUUUUU